AUGCAGCUAUCUUAUGGGAACUUGGUGAAAAGGGUCAAUGUUUCAUUGGAUCACCGCGGGAUGCUCCUUGCGAUCAAGGCAUUGGUACAAAUGGGGCCGAAGCUCGUUCAAUCAAGCUAUACCUCUGAUAUAUGGAUUAAGUUUGCGUUGAAGCACGACUUGUACCUAGUAGUGAAGAAUACCGGGCAUGACCAUCUAGAUCGCUCAAGUGGCCGGGGAGCAUUUGCAAUAUGGACUCAUAAUUUGAAAGGAAAAGAAUGGAAUAGUUCCUUCGUCCCACAGGGAGCUCCGCUGAACGUGGCUGGGAUUCCUGCCGUAACACUUCAAACAGGAGAACAGUGGCAAGAUGUGUAUAAAGCUGCCGCCGAGCAAGGUGUCAUUGUGGUUGGUGGUGCAGCUCGAACUGUUGGCUCAGCUGGGGGUUACAUGACGGACGGGGGACAUGGCCCCUUUUCACAUUUUUAUGGGCUUGCUGUGGAUAACGUAUUGGAAGUUAAGCUUAUUGAUGCGAAAGGUAGACGCAGAAUUCUCAACCAAUAUACUAAUCCAGAAUAUUUUUACGCCAUUCGUGGAGGUGGAAGUGCUAGGGGUGCGAUAACGUCAGUAACAUACAAAACCCAUACUAACCCAUCGCAUAUCCAAUCAUUGAAGGCGCUACCGGUCGUUACAGAGGCAGGAUAUACUGGAUAUGGUACUGCGAAUCUUGUCCUAGGGGCUGAUGAGCCAGCAGGAUUUGCUGCAAUUUUCAUUCAGCCUAAUGCGACAAAUACUACUUUUAUCGAAGCUUUCAGGGAAUAUCGCGAUAUCUCCAAGAUUCCAGGAGUGUCGGGAAUUACUGCCAAUUUCGAUUUCCCUAGUUGGAUUGAGUACUCGAAAGUCUUCAUACAGGAUCCACAUAUUGCGUCGAACACUAUUGAUGAAUCUAGAUUACUAACUUCUGACGUUUUAUUGAGCCGUACUGAUGAUAUUGUGGGCCUUAUGAUGGAAAAUGUGUCGAACCCGUCUGGAUUCAAUUUCAUUGGCAAGGUAAAUCCUGCCGAACGAGAUAACACCGCCACCCAUCCCGCGUGGAAGUAUAGCCGUGCUCUUCUUAGUUUCUCAGCAAAUUGGAAAGACGAUGCUUCGGCCGACGAGAAGCGAAGAGCUCAGCUGCAACUGGUGGAAAUAAGUAAGAAAUUUAGUGAAAUAGUAGGCCCAGAUGGAGGAACCUAUCUUAACGAGGCUAAUCCGUAA